AUCACGAUUAAGAGAGGGAGAAUCGGAGAAAACAAAAUGAUGGAUUCAUCCCAUGAUGGUAGAGGACAUCAUCCAAGCAGAGCAUUCUCCUACGAGUCAUCUUCUCACGGUGAUCGUCCAGCAUCACCACCCAUGGAAGCACCACCCAACAUGAUGUAUUACUCACCAUCAAUGGGAUACCAGCCACCACCCAUGGCUCUGCAAGGUUACCCUCCAGGAUACGACCCAUACCCUAAUGACUACCCUCCACAUUCUCAAUCUCAAGUAUACCAUUACCCCGCAGGCCCAUACUUCAGCGAUCCACCCACCCAUCACAACGCUGGUGGAAACAAAGCCUUACUUCGUGGCUUCCUAAUCUUUUGCUGUGUAAUAUUCGGAGGCCUUUUCCUUGCCACCCUUGUCAUGGCGCUAAUGAUGCACCCCAAACUACCCGCUUACACCGUCAAUUCCCUCUCCGUCGCCAACUUCAACGCCUCUACAGCGCUAACCGCCGAUUGGAACACCAGCUUCUCCAUUCAGAACGUCAACGACAAGCUUAACGGUUUCUUAUCCGGCUUCAAGGUCGAUCUGUUGCACAAAAACGUCAUUUUAGCCAUGAGUUACGUACCCGAUUUCGGGUUGGACAAGAAAGAGGUCAAGCGAAUCGACGCCAAGAUGUCGUCGAUGGGGUUUCCGUUUCCGACGUCGGACAUGGUUGAGAUGGCCAAGGAUCAAACCAGUGGCUCCGUUACGGUCGUUAUGAGGAUUGCUUCCAUGGUGGAGUUCAAGUCUGAAACGUUUACCACCAGAAUGUCGUUUGUACUGGCAAUUUGUGACGGCUUGAAGGUCGUCUUUCAGAACCACACCGGCAACGGCGCGUUGGACAAUGGAGGAAACCCCGUUGUUUGCCAGCUUUAUAUGUGAAAAAUACAGUGCCUCAUGCUUGGGUGUUAUACUCAUAAUUCUGUGGUUUUUUUUAGGGUAAUAGGAAGAAAUCUAAGUUUCCUUUCAUCCGUAUAUAUUUUUGCUGCUAAUUUUGUCAGAAUAACUUUUUUGGGUAGUUUGUCUCGUAAACAACAAAUUCUAUUGAAAUUUAU